UCCAAUGCUUCCACAGGGAUGCUGGCCCAUGUUGACUCCAAUGCUUCCACAGGGAUGCUGGCCCAUGUUGACUCUACAAGGUGUUGAAAGCGUUCCACAGGGAUGCUGGCCCAUGUUGACUCUACAAGGUGUUGAAAGCGUUCCACAGGGAUGCUGGUCCAUGUUGACUCUACAAGGUGUUGAAAGCGUUCCACAGGGAUGCUGGCCCAUGUUGACUCUACAAGGUGUUGAAAGCGUUCCACAGGGAUGCUGGCCCAUGUUGACUCUACAAGGUGUUGAAAGCGUUCCACAGGGAUGCUGGUCCAUGUUGACUCUACAAGGUGUAGAAAGCGUUCCACAGGGAUGCUGGCCCAUGUGGACUCUACAAGGUGUUGAAAGCGUUCCACAGGGAUACUGGCCCAUGUUGACUCUACAAGGUGUUGAAAGCGUUCCACAGGGAUGCUGGCCCAUGUUGACUCUACAAGGUGUUGAAAGCGUUCCACAGGGAUGCUGGCCCAUGUUGACUCUACAAGGUGUAGAAAGCGUUCCACAGGGAUGCUGGCCCAUGUGGACUCUACAAGGUGUUGAAAGCGUUCCACAGGGAUACUGGCCCAUGUUGACUCUACAAGGUGUUGAAAGCGUUCCACAGGGAUGCUGGCCCAUGUUGACUCUACAAGGUGUUGAAAGCGUUCCACAGGGAUGCUGGCCCAUGUUGACUCUACAAGGUGUAGAAAGCGUUCCACAGGGAUGCUGGCCCAUGUGGACUCUACAAGGUGUUGAAAGCGUUCCACAGGGAUGCUGGUCCAUGUUGACUCUACAAGGUGUAGAAAGCGUUCCACAGGGAUGCUGGCCCAUGUGGACUCUACAAGGUGUUGAAAGCGUUCCACAGGGAUACUGGCCCAUGUUGACUCUACAAGGUGUUGAAAGCGUUCCACAGGGAUGCUGGCCCAUGUUGACUCUACAAGGUGUAGAAAGCGUUCCACAGGGAUGCUGGCCCAUGUGGACUCUACAAGGUGUUGAAAGCGUUCCACAGGGAUACUGGCCCAUGUUGACUCUACAAGGUGUUGAAAGCGUUCCACAGGGAUGCUGGCCCAUGUUGACUCUACAAGGUGUAGAAAGCGUUCCACAGGGAUGCUGGCCCAUGUGGACUCUACAAGGUGUUGAAAGCGUUCCACAGGGAUACUGGCCCAUGUUGACUCUACAAGGUGUUGAAAGCGUUCCACAGGGAUGCUGGCCCAUGUUGACUCUACAAGGUGUUGAAAGCGUUCCACAGGGAUGCUGGCCCAUGUUGACUCUACAAGGUGUUGAAAGCGUUCCACAGGGAUGCUGGCCCAUGUUGACUCUACAAGGUGUUGAAAGCGUUCCACAGGGAUGCUGGUCCAUGUUGACUCUACAAGGUGUUGAAAGCGUUCCACAGGGAUGCUGGCCCAUGUUGACUCUACAAGGUGUUGAAAGCGUUCCACAGGGAUGCUGGCCCAUGUUGACUCUACAAGGUGUUGAAAGCGUUCCACAGGGAUGCUGACCCAUGUUGACUCCACAAGGUGUUGAAAG